AUGUAUAAAUUAUUAGCCAUUUUCAUUUGCUUGUUUAAUAAUUACAAAUGUUUUAAAGUAAAAAAUUGGAAAAAUAAUAAUAAACCUUUUUAUUUAAAUUAUUUAAUUAAAAAAAAUAUAGUUCUUUAUAGGGGGAAUAAAAUAAAUCAUUCUUUUUUCUCAUUAAGAAAUAAUUCUAGAGAACAAAAUGAAUCUGAUAUUUUUGAUAAAUCAUAUGUUUAUCACACACCUGUUUUACUGAAUGAAGUAAUACAAUAUAUAAAUAACAAUGAACUGCAUAACGAAAUAAAUGAAAAUAUUAAUAAUUCUGAUAAUAGUGAUUUAAAGUUAACAUUAAAUGCUUCAAAUAAAAACACAACUAUCCCAAAUAUAAAUAAAAGUUUUGACAAACAAAAAUUCUCUUUAUAUGAAAGUAAAUGCAUAAACGGAGUAAAAAUGCAAACUUUUAAAAAUGACAAUUCAAUAAAAUCAUUUAAUUUAAGUAAAAAAUUAAAAAUAACAAAUGAUGGAAAAGAAAUUAACUAUUACAUUGAUGCAACUCUGGGAGGAGGUGGUCAUACCUUAGAAAUUUUAAAAAAAAUAAAAAAUUCUAAAGUUAUAGCAAUUGAUAAAGACAUAGAAUCAAUUUACUACAACAAAUUAAAAUUAAAAAAUUAUAUAGACCAAAACAAACUGAUCCUUAUACAUGGAGACUAUAGAGAUAUUUUACAUUUACUUAAUUAUAACUCUUUACCAUUAUCAAAUUAUAGUGGUGUAUUAAUAGACUUAGGGGUAUCAUCUCAUCAGUUAAAAAGUAAUAAAAGAGGGUUUAGUUAUAAAUAUAACGGUAUUCUAGAUAUGAAUAUGAACAAAUAUACGGAAAAAGAGUUUAUGAAUUCUUAUUUUUCUAAUAGUAAUGGUAUUAUUCCAAAUAAUAACAGUGGUAAUCUAAAUAACAAAAUACACAGAAUUUUAAACACAUAUAGCUUAAAAAAAUUAAAAUAUAUUAUAGAAAUGUUUGGUGAGGAAAAAAAAGCCUUAAAAAUAGCAAAGAAAAUAGUUCAAUGGAGAAAAAAUAAUGGGAAGAUAACAACAACAUAUGACUUGAAACAUAUUAUCCUUUUAACUUGUAAAAAAAAUUAUAAAUCAAAUAAUAAAGUUUUAUCAAGAGUUUUUCAAUCGUUUAGAAUUUAUAUCAAUGAUGAAUUAAAGGCCUUAAAAGAAUUAUUAAUUUCUGCACAUAAAAUAUUAAAACCAGGAAAAAGGUUAAUUACUAUUUCAUAUCAUUCAUUGGAAAAGAAGUGUAUUGAAAAAAAUGUUGAAAAAAAAAAGGAGUUAUGGAUAAAAAUUAAUAAAAAUGCCAUAACUCCUAGUGAAAAUGAAAUAAAAUUAAAUAAUUCUUCUAGAUCUGCAAAAAUGUUUGUUUUUGAAAAAAUUUAG